UGUUACUGUUUAAUUUAUAUAUUGCUUACUUGUCAAAAGAGCAGUUUGAAAGUAUAAAGCCAGUUAUGAAGGCUUGUUUCUUCACACAUGAAUAUUCAUUGGCCAACUAUUCCCUCCACAUUUGAAUACUGGAAGCCCUCUGAGAAACUGAGAACACACAGACGGAGUCUAAAUUGGCUGUGGCAGGACAUGAAAGAUCUUUGGGUCAUAUUUGGAAGAUGUCUGAAAUUCAUCUUGAGUGCUCAGCAGCAAAAAAAAAUGGCAAAUUAUAUGUUAGGAAUUUUUAGAGAAGGGGUUGAAAAUGAAAAAGGCAGGAUCGUCAGUAUCUUUAUAUAAACCUGUGGUGUGGCUGCAUUUGCAAUGUUGUGUAGAGUCACCCCAUCUUUUAAAAAUCUCUCACUAUAACUGGAAAAAAUGCACAAAAGAGCAACAAGAAUGAAAAAGUUGUUGGAUAGCCUUUUUUUGGUGAGAAAUCAAAUAAAAAUGAAUGAAAUAUUGAUGGAGAACCCGUGGCCCUCCAGGUGUUGCCAGACCCCAUUUCCCAUCCCCGUAAUUGGACAAUGGUCAGGAAUGAUGAGAAAUGAAGAACUGGUGGUGGAGGCAGAGCUUCCCAACUUUGGAACUGAACAAACCAAAUCCAAAUUGACGUGUGUAGAAAGUCCUGGAGGUAACAACUUAAAACUGUUGACAAAGUGAGUGACAAGUUAUUUGAUAAUCUGGAACUCAUUACAGGCAGGAUAUUUAACCAUUUUCGUGAUGUAUUUAGAGGUGGAGAGGGACUGUAGGUCAGUGGUGGAGCAUAUGCUUUCAAUUUGAACUGGACUUUGGGAUGACCUUCAGAAAGACUCAGCUGGCCAACAGAAGUAACCCAAUUUUGCAACAGAGAGGUAAGGGUGCUGGAUGGGACUGGAUUACAAAAGAAGAAAACAACCACUGACUUAUGGGCCAGGUCAUUUUGCACACAGGGAAACACACAUGCCCCUCCCAGAAAAUGAUAAUAGUUUUACUGCAUUACAGAAGAGGGUAAAAAAAAGAAAGGUAAAGGACCCCUGACAGAUGACUCUGGGGUUGCAGCACUCAUCUUGCUUUAUAGGCCGAUGGAGCCGGGGUUUGUCUGCAGACAGUUUUUCUGGGUCAUGUGGCCAGCAUGACUAAGCCACUUCUAGCGCAACGGAAUACCAAAACCAGAGCAGCGCAUGGAAACGCUGUUUACUUUCCUGCCAGAGCGGUACCUAUUUAUCUUCUUGACUUUGAUGCGCUUUCAAACUGCUAGGCUGGUAGGAGCUGGGACCCAGUAAUGGGAGCUCACCCUGUCAUGGGAAUUCAAACCGCUGACCUUCUGAUCGGCAAGCCCAAGAGGCUCAGUGGUUUAGACCACAGCACCACCCGCGUCAGCUUACUGCAAAGUUGUUGUUGCUGCUUCUCUGUGAGAGAGUUUGUGCCCAUUGCCCAGCAUUGGGAUGAGUGAGGUUGGCCUCUUUCAUCACAGGGCUAAGUGUGUUUCACAUUCAGACAUCUUAGUGGGGAGAAUUUCACCUGUUGCACAUUCUUCUCUCAUGAUGAUGAGAGAAGUCAUGCAUGGUUUUCCUUGCUAAGUAACUUUCUAAUUUACAGAAGCUGCCUGAGGGUCUGGACCCAACAAUCCUACAAGCUUGGGUGUCCCUCUCUGCACCUGUUUGGGAGUCUGGGUGCAAUGGUUUAACCCACCAUGCCUCUGAAGAGUCCAUGCUCAGAAUACGGAACCAGGAAUCAACUUCAACCAUGUUCUGGACGAAGGCAUUUUGCUGCCCCCACCCCUAAUCAAGGGCCAUAGUACCCAAGGCCAGUACAGGGGUUACUUUGGCACCUAAGGCAAAAACAAACAAAUCUGUAGCCCUUUCAUGACACCACAAACCAGCUGCCUAUGGCAGAUGCCUCCCUCUGCCUAAUGAUAGGGCCAGUCAAAUGAAGAGGGAUGGUUCAGCCUUGGAAGUUUUUUUCCUGCACAUUCAGUUCAUCUUUUCUAUUGUGCUUUGGAUCUAACCCAUUAGUUCCACCCAGAGGCUGCAGAAAGGCCAAUUUUCUUCAUCUUGUUUGUUUGUUCCUCAGUCUCUGUCUGGCUCUGUUCCUCCUAGUUAGGCUUGACUUGGCCUUUGUUUUCUGUGUUCUCUCUCCCCCCCCCCCCACAACCGCAUGAGCUUCUGUCUUCCCCACACUGCCUUUUAAAUAGUGUUUGCUGGAAUUCAGCUCAUUGGGGGCCACAAAGGGGGGUGUUAACUGGCUGUCUACUGGAGCAGGAAUAAUCCAUGCCUAGGCUGUUGGCUUUGCCACCCUCCCUCACCCAGACCGUUCUGCUUCUCCCACACAGACAGGGCAUAGCAACAACAACCAGCAACAAACUAUAGAACCGAAUUAGUAAUUUGGGAGUAUUGAAAACAUUUGGCAUCUGCUCCUGCAUCAGACACGAUUGCCCUUAUAUGGCGAAGGCAGGUGGCGAUGGCAUUUCGUGCCGAGAGAAGGAGGGUCCAAAGGUCACCCCACUGCUUGCUCUGUUCAGGCACAGUCCGUCUCCAAGGUGCUGUGUGCCCACCAAACAGACACCGCAGCAAAGAUCCCCCCACAAAACACUGACCAUCACCAUGUCAGCAGAACUUAAUGCCAAAGUGACCAGGACUCUGAACAAAACCACACCCGGACUCCAGAUAUGGAGAAUUGAGAAUAUGGAGAUGGUGCCUAUUCCACCAAAAACGUAUGGGAACUUCUACGAAGGAGAUGCUUAUAUCAUUCUCUCGACACAUAAGACUGGGAACAACUUCACCUACGACAUCCACUUCUGGCUGGGCAGUUCAUCAUCUCAGGAUGAGCAGGGCUCAGCUGCCAUCUACACUACCCAGAUGGACGACUACCUGGGAGGAGUAGCUGUACAGCAUCGUGAGGUCCAGGGCUACGAGAGUGACGCCUUCCGGAGCUACUUCAAACAGGGGCUAAUCUAUAAGAAGGGUGGAGUGGCAUCUGGCAUGAAGCAUGUGGAGACCAACACGUACAACGUACGACGCCUGCUGCACGUCAAGGGCAAGAAGAAUGUGAUUGCAGGAGAGGUGGAGCUGAGUUGGAGCAGUUUCAACUUGGGCGAUGUGUUUCUGCUAGACCUGGGGAAGCUCAUCAUCCAAUGGAACGGUCCAGAGAGCAACCGCCUGGAGCGACUGAAGGGGAUGACCCUAGCCAAGGACAUUCGUGACCGGGAGCGUGGGGGUCGAGCACAGGUAGGUGUGGUGGAUGGGGAGGACGAAGCUGCAUCUCCUAUUCUCAUGAAGAUCAUGGAGUAUGUGCUGGGGGAGAAGAGGAACAUUCAGCCAGCCAUCCCAGAUGCUGUGGUGGACCAGAAGCUGAAAUCUUCUCUCAAGCUCUACCAAGUCUCUGAGAUAGAAGGGAACCUUCUUAUCCAAGAAGUUGCCAUCCAGCCCCUCACCCAGGACCUCCUCAAGAAUGACGACUGCUUCAUCUUGGACCAAGGUGGUGUGAAGAUCUUUGUGUGGAAGGGUAGGAAUUCAAGCAAGGAGGAGAAGCGGCAAGCGAUGACACGGGCCCUGGGUUACAUCAAGGCAAAGAACUACCCACCCAGCACCAGCGUGGAGACUGAAAAUGACGGUUCUGAAUCUGCUGUCUUUAGGCAGCUCUUUCAGAAAUGGACUCUCCCCCAUCAAAGCACUGGCUUUGGCAAAACCAACACUGUUGGGAAAAUAGCCAAAGUAGAGCAGGUGAAGUUUGAUGCCACCACUCUCCACGCCAAGCCGGAGAUGGCUGCCCUGCACAAGAUGGUGGAUGACGGCUCUGGAGAAGUAGAGGUCUGGCGAAUUGAGGACUUGGAACCAGUACCAGUGGAGGGUCGCUGGCUUGGUCAUUUCUACAGCGGCGACUGCUACCUUAUCCUCUACAAGUAUCUAGUCUCCAGUAAAAUGCACUACAUGAUCUACAUUUGGCAGGGUCGCCACGCCACCCCCGAUGAGAUCACUGCCUCUGCUUACCAGGCUGUCAUUCUGGACCAACAGUAUAAUGGUGAACCUGUGCAGGUGCGAGUGACCAUGGGCAAGGAGCCUGCUCAUCUUAUGGCCAUCUUCAAGGGACGCAUGGUGGUGUAUUCGGGCGGUACCUCCCGAGCUGGCAGCACAGCUCCAGUGCCCACCACUCGCCUUUUCCAGGUGCAUGGGACCAAUGAGUUCAACACCAAGGCCUUUGAGGUGCCUCCUCAGGCCUCCUCCCUCAAUUCCAACGAUGUCUUUAUCCUCAAGACUCAGAGUUGCUGCUACCUCUGGUAUGGGAAGGGUUGCAGUGGGGAUGAGAGGGAGAUGGCCAGGAGUGUGGCUGACCUGAUCUCCAGGACUGAGAAAGCAGUGAUCGCAGAAGGACAGGAGCCUGCGGAGUUCUGGAUUGCACUAGGUGGGAAGUCCCAAUACGCCAACAACAAAAGAUUACAGGAGGAAACGAUUGCCAUCACACCUCGGCUUUUUCAGUGCUCCAAUAAGACAGGGCGCUUCCUUGCCAUGGAGAUCACAAAUUUUACUCAAGAUGACUUGGAAGAAGAUGAUGUGUUCCUACUGGAUGCCUGGGAUCAGGUUUACUUCUGGAUCGGCAAAGAUGCAAAUGAGGCCGAGAAGGAGGCAGCAGCCGUAACGGUGCAGGAGUACCUGCGAACUCACCCGGGUGGACGUGACCUUGAAACUCCCAUUGUGAUUGUGAAGCAAGGCUAUGAGCCUCCGACAUUCACUGGCUGGUUCCUAGCAUGGGACCCCCUCAAAGGGACAGAGAAGAAAUCCUAUGAAGAGUUAAAAGCUGAACUUGUAGAUGAGGACAACCUUGGCCAGAUCACUUCUGAAAUCCUUGAUGCAAAAACAGUUUUCACUGCCAACACAACCUUGGGUGGUAUCUCACUGUCUACCUACCCUCUGGAGAAAUUGAUGAAUGUGUCUGCAGAGGAACUACCCAGCGAUGUAAACCCCAGCAGGAAGGAGGACUACAUAUCAGAUGAAGAUUUUCUUUCUGUCUUUGGAAUAUCGCGACAAAACUUUGCUGCCCUUCCUCAAUGGAAGCAACAGACUCUCAAGAAGGAAAAAGGACUUUUCUAAAAAUGUAAACUUUCUGCUGUCAUUGCCUCAAAGUGGAUAUUUUUACUUAAAAUAAAAAUAAUUCCAAGUUUGAUUGGAGUGUCCCAGAAUGAACAAUCAAGCAUUUUCUGUCACUGGAUUAUUUGCAGUUACAAAA